UCGUGUGGCUCUCAUCUAACAGGAAGUGCAGAGCUUUGCGUUUUAUGCAGAUUGUCCCUAAGCAGGCACUGUAGAAGGUAGACCGAAUAAGAGAGACGCGGGAGGAGGGAAAGAGUAACCCAGCGACUGUAGAGGUUGUCUGUCAUAGGAGAUCAGGAUGAGUAUGCGGAAGCAGACGCCAAGUGACUUCUUGAAGCAGAUCAUCGGGCGACCCGUGGUUGUUAAGCUGAACUCUGGAGUUGAUUAUCGAGGUGUGUUGGCAUGUUUAGAUGGUUACAUGAACAUUGCUUUAGAGCAGACAGAAGAAUAUGUCAAUGGGCAGCUGAAGAACAAGUACGGGGAUGCAUUUAUUCGAGGGAAUAACGUUUUGUAUAUAAGCACACAGAAGAGAAGGAUGUGAAUAAACAUUUGUUUUUUAUUAUUUUUAUAUUAAGAGCCAGCUGUAGUAAUCAGUUGUGUUUAUUUUUUGUCUGAAUAAUGAAGCAGCAGUCCCAUCGACUUGUUCAUCGAACUUUUUUGUUCCUCCAAAAGAAAAUAGUUUGGAUGUUAAUUGAUUUUAUUUUAUAAUGCUGUUCCCUGUAUUGUAAAAUAAACAGCAAUUGCGGAA